UUUUUUUUUAUCUGACUUGUUUAGAUUAAAUUGCUAGGUUUAACCAUCUAGGUCAUAAAUAUUUCAAGAUGUCAGCAGAUGAAGAUCAAAGCCUGAAGGAUUGUGAAGCCUAUGUUCAACUUCAUGGCAUUCAACAAACAUUAAAAGAAUGUAUAGUCCAACUUUGCAUACACAAGCCAGAGAGGCCAAUGCAAUUUCUACGAGAGCAUUUUGAAAAACUUGAAAAGGAGGAAGCUGCGAAACUUGCUGCUAGCAGUCCACAAAGUGAUGAAAAUCAGGAAGAAGAACCUUCAGUUACACCACCGUCUAAUCCAUCGGGAGCGAGAACUCGAAGAGGAGCUGUAAGUGCUGAAGUCUACUCUGAGAAGGACAUCACUAACUAUGUUAAAAAGGUCAUACCAAAAGACUAUAAAACAACAUCAGCAUUGUCGAAAGCCAUCGAAAGGAAUGUUCUCUUUGCUCAUUUGGAUGAAAACGAGAGAUCUGACAUAUUUGAUGCCAUGUUUCCAACACAACAUAUUGCUGGAGAAGAAGUCAUUAAACAAGGAGAUGAAGGAGAUAACUUCUAUAUUAUUGACAGUGGAGAAGUGGAUAUCUAUGUGAACAACAAAUGUGUGACAACUCUUGGCGAAGGAGCGAGCUUUGGUGAGCUUGCACUCAUUUAUGGAACACCAAGAGCUGCUGAUGUCAAAGCCAAAACUCAACUCAAGUUAUGGGCAAUCGAUAGAGACAGCUAUAGAAGAAUUCUGAUGGGAAGUCAAAUCAAGAAACGUACCAUGUAUGAGGAAUUCUUGAGCAAGAUAUCCAUUCUUGAAUCACUUGACAAAUGGGAGAGGUUGACUGUUGCUGAUGCUCUCGAACCUGCCCAAUUCGACAGUGGAGAUGAAGUUGUUGUUCAAGGACAGCCAGGAAAUGAUUUCUUCAUUAUUGUAGAGGGCAGUGCUGCUGUACUACAACGUAGGUGUGAAACUGAUGAAUAUACCGAAGUUGGACAUCUAGGACCUUCUGAUUAUUUCGGUGAAAUUGCUCUCUUGCUUGAUCGCCCACGUGCAGCCACGGUUGUCGCCAGGUCGCAAUUGAAAUGUGUAAAACUGGACAGAGCUCGAUUUGAACGUCUUCUCGGAGAAUGUUCAGAAAUUCUGAAGCGUAAUAUGCAACAAUACAACAGCUUCGUCUCAAUUUCUGUAUAAGGAGAGAAAUCAAUGAAGAAAAAAAAUACUUUUAAAUAUUUUUAUUGGAAAAUUGUCGGGAGAAGACCACAAACUUUAUUUGAUGCAGAAUCUGGCUUUUUCGGCUCUAGAUAUAUUUCUCAGCUAACGUUGAUUGGUUUGUCGUAGCGGCAUGCCCCGUUAGCAUCUCCAACAUCGACAUCUGACAAUUAGAUAUAUUCUGAUUUGGGAAUGAGUUAGCUUGAUGCUGGGUUUGCAUAUACUUAUUUGAGACCCGUUUUUCUACAAACUUGCUUUUGUUAUAUAUACCUAGUUCAAUGAAAUCGAGGUAUUUUUUAGAGUUACCGGUAUGCUUUUUUUUCAAGAUAAAUAAGAUAUAGUGUAAAAAUGUUUGUGGAAGGAUUUAAAGGAAUUAUGUUAGCUUUAAAAAGUGUAUGUUAGCUUUAAAAAGUCUUCGAAAGUGUAUAGAGAGUGAUAUAGUAUACUUAUGCUAAAAUCAUUUUACUAUAGAGCUGGAAUGUUUUGUUUACAGUCAGCAUUAUUGCACAUUUUUUUCUUUGCUGUUUUACCUUUAAUGAUGAAUUAUGUCGUCUUAUAUCUUCGUCGAAUGUUUCCAUCCUUAUGUAUAUUUUUAAAGACUUGCUUUCUUGGGAGGUUUGGCAAUUUAUGUAGGGUCAGUUGUUAUUGUAUUUUUAAUUAGCGUGUGGAAAUAUUAUAUGUGUUUUUAUAUGGCAAAUGGCUUUAUAUGUUAGGUUAGUUACUUCUGUAAUCAAUUUAAUAGAAAACACACCUAUAAUUAUUGCUGAAUUUAAUUAUGUCAAUCACAGUCAAUGGCAUGUAAAUUUUAUUUUUAAUUGUCUCAAGUUUGAAAUUUGGUGGAGUACGAUUGGAUGAUGCAAUUAUGGUUUGACGAGUAGUUGGUAAUUCUUCAUGCAAGUGACUUCAACAUAUCUUAAGCCAGGAAUGUCCAGAACAAAUCAAACACAUUUAAAAAUGGUGACAUAAUUUUCUGACAUUGUAAAAAUAGAAAAUCACAGCCAAUAACCAAAAUGAUGUAUAGAUUACUAUAUAUAAUUUAUAUCGAUCUCACAUCAACCCAAUUUAUAUGUAUUUAAAAUAGAAAUUAUUCAAUUUUAAGCAUCCUUGUCCCAAGCAAUAAUUCGAAUAGUGAACAUCUCAACCUUAAUAAAUCCUUCAUGAUCAUUUUUUGCUCCAAUUGCAUCGCUUUGAAAAAUUUCUAUUAUGGCUGGUCUUGCUUAUGACGUAUUUCUAGAAAGUCAGGAAAUCAUUACGAUUGUUUACCACUGUAUGGUGUUAUAUUACCUAGUUUGGAUUUUAUUUGUUGAAUAAUAUCAUGCUUAAUUUCAUGUUAAUGAUUUAUUAUGUAAGCAAAAUGUUAUUGUUUUGAAUUCAAAGAUUUUGGCGAUACCUAAAUUUUAUCCUGAUUAUAUGUUAAUGAAAUAAUCACCAUUGUACAGCUUUGUGAAGUGAUCAUGAUUUUUUUAAAAAGUAAUCAAGUUAUUUCUUGUUCAAUCAGCUUUGUGAAGUGAUCAUGAUUUUUUUAAAAAGUAAUCAAGUUAUUUUUUGUUCAAUCAAUGUUGAUCGAGAUUAAUUCUGAUGCAGACAAGAUAUUUUGCAUGUGUUAUUGAUGACCUAUGUAUGAUUCAUAAAUUGAUAGCACAGAUGUCGCUUUCUUGCCUUUUAAAUUUGGCCACUCGUAUUAUGAUGUGUGUUUACAUCCAAAACUUCCAUAGAAAAGAUUCAGUUACCGUAAACUGUUUGAAAUGGCCAUGGUUUGAUGCUUGGAGAAAACCAAAACCCUAUCUAUAACACAGUUUUAUUUUUGCGUUUCUUCUGUUAAAUUUCUGGGCAGUCUGGUCUAAAUACUAUGAGCCACUUAUUCUUUGUGAACCUAUUUCUGACUUAGUAGGUACUUGAACUGAUUUUAAAUGUUCUUUCCCAGUUUAUAUAUCAGUCGUAAUGUCUGUGGAAUAUAUAUAUAUGGAAAUAAUGA